CCCAUCCACUUGGGCUCGACUCCGACAGCACUCCUCCCUUUUCACCAUCCCGUCCACGUUAAUCGACAACACCCGUCAAGAUGGCCAAGUCCAAGAACGCGUCCCAGCACCACCGCAGCCAGAAGGCUCACCGUAACGGUAUCAAGAAGCCCAAGACCAACCGUUACCCCUCCCUCAAGGGUGUUGACCCCAAGUUCCGCCGCAACCACCGUCACGCUCUGCACGGCACCGCCAAGGCUCUGAAGGAGCGCAAGGAGGGCAAGCGUGAGGUCGCAUAAACGUGGACGGAAUCGAAAAGAAAAUUCAUGGGAGGAGGAAAACUCGAGCGCGCAAGGAGCCGGAGAACAUAAACGUUAUGUGCGAUGAACCAAGAUCAGACAGUCCCGCUGUCCUAGUCGAAUAGGCCUGGUUUCUGCUUAUUCCUUGCGCG